GCUCUUCAUCCAGCUGAGCGCACCGGUGGAAGCCAGGAGAGCGCGCGGCGGCCGGGCGCAGCCGCGGCGGCCUCAGCAGCAGGCUGCAGGGCCGCGGGAGCGCGUGGAAGGACCAGAGAGCUUCCCCUUAGACUUUACAGCCGUGGAGAGCAACAUGGACAACUUCAUGGUGCAGGUCAAGAAUUUGGCGCAGUCUCUGUAUCCGUGCUCUGCGCAAAAGCUGGAACAAGACAUGAAGCUGCACCUAUUGAAGAACGUGUCAGUGACCUGCAACGACGGGUCCCCAGCAGGGUAUUACAUGAAAGAGUCUAAAGGCAGCAGGAGGUGGCUGCUCUUCCUGGAAGGUGGAUGGUACUGUUUCAACAAGCAGACCUGCGACAGCAGAUAUGAGACGAUGAGGAAUCUGAUGAGCUCCACCAUGUGGCCACAAACCAGAAGAGGAACAGGGAUUUUGUCUCCACAGCCAGAGGAAAACCCUCACUGGUGGAACGCCAACAUGGUGUUCAUCCCUUACUGCUCGAGCGACGUGUGGAGUGGAGCCUCCCUGAAAACCAAUCAGAGUGAAUAUGCGUUUAUGGGCUCUCUGAUCAUUAAGGAGGUGGUGAAUGAGCUGCUGACUAAAGGUCUGCAGAACGCCAAGGUUCUGCUUCUGGCAGGCAGCAGUGCGGGGGGUACAGGAGUCCUGCUGAACGUGGACCACGUGGCAAAGCAGCUGGAGUCCGAGGGCCACAGCGGGGUCCAGGUGAGGGGUCUGGUCGACUCAGGAUGGUUCCUGGACAACAAGCAGUACAAACUCACAGACUGCCUGGACACCAUCAGCUGCGCCCCCACUGAGGCCAUAAAGAGAGGAAUCAGGUACUGGGGGGCGCUGGUGCCAGAGAGCUGCAGGCAGACUCACGUUGGAGAGGAGUGGAGCUGUUUCUUUGGAUAUAAAAUCUACACAACAUUAAAACGCCCAGUGUUUGUGGUGCAGUGGCUGUUUGACGAGGCCCAACUGACUGUUAACAACAUCCACCCGACUGGACACCUUGUCGACGAGGGCCAGUGGAGGUACAUCCAGAACCUGGGGCAGGAGCUGAGGAACACGCUCGGAGGUGUAAAAGCGAUGUUUGCCCCGGCUUGUUUGUCCCAUGAGCUCAUAACCAGAAUAAACUGGAUGGAUGUUCAGGUGAAAGGCACCUCCCUGCCCAGAGCGCUCCACUGCUGGGACCGCAGCCUCCAAAACAAGCUCCACCUCAACAGCAGCCACAGCCACCAAAAACACAAGACCCCCCCGGUGAGAGGAUGCCCCCUGCAUUUGAUUGACAGCUGCUCGUGGCCGCACUGCAACCCGUCCUGCCCAACCAUCAGAGACCAGCUGACGGAGAUGAGUGUGAUGCCGUUUCUGAAGCACAUGAGCUUCUAUGCGAAGAAGAAGUCUCAGCAGCAGGGUACCAGGAAGCUACUGGGCAUGCUCAGUAAUGGAAGCUGAGCAACAUUUUAAGACAAAUACAAACACA